AUGGGCUUGGGCAGUUGGGCUGUCCUUCAAACGAUAACUUGCAUUCUCGGGUGUCGGGGCUCGAGGGAGACAUCAGAGUAGAAGGAAGAAUAAGAAAUUUUUGAUCGGUGCUAAAAUCAAAGACAAGUAUGUCGAAAUCCAAAUCCAGGUUAAUUUUAUCCUGGGUUUUCUUUCAACAACUCCUUGUUCAAUUCUCAUUCACCAUUUCGGCUAACAGGAAGGAGAUUGGAUUUCCAGAGAGGCGCAUUUGCAGAACAACAGUUCAAGGAAGAUAUUUAUUAUCUGAUGAUAAUGGUUAUGUGUGUGAUGCUCUCUCAUUGGAUCCAGAGUCCCGUUGCUGUCCUGAAAGAGGAGACAAAUUCUCUUGUCACGGAUGCAACAUUCUUUCACAGUGUUGUAACUCCUAUGAAUUUUGUGUUUCAUGCUGCCUACACCCUGCUCAAAUACAAAAAGAACAAGUACUGAAACUGAAAAUAGCUAAGCCAGCUACAGCAGGGGCUUAUCUCAGCGUCUUUGAUUUUUGUGCUGGGAGGUGCCGUCACAGUUCUGAAAGUGUGGUUCACGAAAAUGCUUAUGUUAGUGAUUUUCAUCAUUGCUUCUCACUCCCAUCAAAUUCUACUGGGUCCUCUGUCACACCUGUAGAAGCCAGACUACAUGGAAUUAAUGUUAUCAUUGGAAGGCAAGGAGAGUCUUGUGAUUCAGUUUGCAGGUCAAAUGGACAAUCAUGCGUAUUAAAUAAGCUUUUGGUACUUAACCAGUGUGACAUUAUCCAGAAAUAUAUGAGCUGCAAAGGAGCAUGCUUGGCAAGUGUUGGUGCAGAUCAACCUGCAGAAGUCGUUUAUGAUGCUCCCAAACAUUUGAAUCCAGGAGCAUGCUUGUAUACUCGAACACAAUCAAUGCUGUCAUGUGAUGGUUCACAUCUGCAUACCAAGAGACUUUGCCCUUGUGCGUAGUGCAUUAUUUUGGUAAGUUUGGUUUCUCUGUGAGUUGACUGUAGGAUUAAUUUUCCCUGUCAGAAGUUCACUGCAAUGUUAGUGUGAUCUUAUUGGAAUAUUGGUUCGGCCUUAUGCUAUACUUUGCUAAACAGUCCAUUCCUUCAUUGUUUAUCCUCGAUCGUUUGGGAAAGAUAUGAAAUUAAAACAUAGUGUACUCUUCUAAGUUAAAAUGAGUUGUUGGAAAAGGAGUAUAGUUAAAAUAAGUUGUAAGAGUACAUCCUUGGAUUCUCGGUUAUUUCACUCUGUACAACUAAGCAGAUGCAUUGAAGCCAUUGGACCUGCUUUCAUCUUUAAUUUGUUUAACCAUUAACAACCCUACUAUUUCUCAUGAAACUGGUUUGGGUACCUCUAAAUCAAGUUGCAAAAGUUGUAGGUGAGCAGAACCUUGCUUAGAUAAUUGUUUACCUUUAAUUGUUAUUUUGAAGGAGAUUGUUGUGACAAUUUUUAGGUAUGAAGCAUGUCUCAAAUCUGUUCUCAGCUGUAUGUUCCGAAGAACUUUACGAAGGCUCCGAUGUUCAGAGGAUAAAUUUUUUCAGAGGACCAAUACAUCCAUCUGUUUGUGUUUUCGCAUGUUCCCAUUACAGCAAGUUAACGGUACACGGUUGCAUGUUGUAGCAUUAUUGUACAAAUUAGAAAGCAAGCUGCCAUUGACAUGCUAAUUUAUGUUGAAGCACUCAUGCAACUAAAUCAGAUUGUGGAGAUGGGAUAUUUUUGUAAUUUUGAGUUGGUUAAAUCAGGGGGUGAAGUCAAGGGAAAAGUUGUAAUCUUCCAAGCUAAGCAUUAAAUUGACUUUGCUUCCAAGUAAGCUGACAGCAUUCAGCUUAUAAUAUGCUUUACAGAACUGUUAUUAUUAUUCUUUUUAAAA